AACUACCCUUUACCAUGAAAUUGAAUUUACAAAACCCUAAUCUUAAGCCCUUAGCUAGCCCCCUCUUUCUUCUUCUUCUUUCGUUUCUUCUCUCUGUUCUCGCGCAGCCCUCUUAGUCUUUCUCGAAGAUGCCGAAAUCUAAGAGAAAUCGUGCAGUGACCCUGUCGAAGACAAAGAAGAAGGGAAGGGAGCAUAAGGAGGCAAUUGUGAAUUCAAUAAGGGAAUCAGUAGAGAAGUACCCGUCUGUUUACGUCUUCGCUUUCGAGAACAUGAGGAAUCUUAAAUUCAAACAGUUCAGAGAGUCUCUCAACUCCGGCGGCAGAUUCUUUCUUGGAUCAAACAAAGUCAUGCAGGUUGCUCUAGGGCGCUCUGCCUCUGAUGAGAUCAAACCAGGACUUUACAAAAUUUCAAAGUUCUUGCGCGGAGAGACUGGUCUUUUCUUCACAACUAUGUCAGAGGAAGAGGUCAAAAAGGUAUUUGAUGAGUUUGAAGUUUAUGAUUUUGCAAGGACGGGAUGCAAUGCUACUGAGAAGGUUGAGCUUAAAGAAGGACCUCUGACGGAGUUCAGCCAUGAGAUGGAGCCCUUCCUACGCAAGCAAGGAUUGCCUGUUCGAUUAAAUAAAGGUGUGGUGGAACUUAUCUCAGACUUUGUUGUUUGUGAAGAAGGCAAUCCUUUGUCACCUGAAUCAGCUCGUAUCCUGCGCCUGCUGGGAGUGAAAAUGGCUCUCUUCAAGCUUAAUCUGAUCUGCAGUUUGAGAGGGGAUGAUUUUGAGUUGUAUAGAGAAGGGUUGGAAGUAUCAGACAUAGAGUCUUCUUGAAGCGAUAACUGUUUCUGGUGUGUGCGACUGUUCUUUUUGGUAGAUGAAACUUUAGAUAGGACAGGGGAUUCCCUUGGUGUUUUGUACCUGGAAUGACCAGUUUUGCCAAUAUAUGAGGAGCCUAGAGCCCGAAAUGUGAUCAUUUGAUAGGUUUUUAUAUUACAAAAAGAAUUGGUGUGUAGUAUGUAGUGAUGGAUGAGAAAUUUUGAUGAAAGUUGUUGCAAAUUCAAAAGCUUGUUUAAUCUUCCCA